AUGGGCCAGAAGACCCCUGAGAACAGCUCACGUGCCUCCAGUCCCUCCUGCUCAGACUGUGAAAACUUCCCGAUGGUUCCCACUCUGGAGACCUCCUACCUUGCGCGGGCUGCAAAGAACGAGUUCCUGAACUUGGUGCCUGAUAUUGAAGAAAUGCGACCAGGACCAAAUGAAUUUUUAAAAGGCACCAAAAAGCAUUACAACGCUGAGCUCGAGUCUGUGGACUUCAAAGGAAAUGCAGAGGAGGCCAGGGUCCACAUCAACAGCUGGGUGGAGAAGCAGACACAAGAUAAAAUCAAGGACUUGCUAAGCCAGGAUGCAGUGGGUAGCCUGACGAAGCUGGUUCUCGUGAAUGCCAUUUACUUCAAGGGCAGCUGGAACACGCAGUUUAAGGAGGAGAAGACUGCUGAUGUGCAUUUUCGACUGAACAAGAACGACACUAAGCCGGUGAAGAUGAUGCAGCAGAAAAGUAAAUUUCCUUUUGCGACCAUUCCUGAGGCCAACUGCAAGAUUCUUGAGAUGCCGUAUAAAGGAAAUGACCUCAGCAUGCUCAUAUUCCUGCCUAAUGACAUAGAAGAUGAUACCACAGGCUUGGAAAAGCUGGAGAAGGAGCUGACCUAUCAGAACUUUGUGGACUGGACUCGCCCAGACAUGAUGAGCCCCAACGAGGUUGAUGUCAAGCUCCCUCGAUUUAAGAUGGAGGAGAAGUAUGACUUGGAGAAAAUCCUGACCAACAUGGGAAUGGAGAACGCUUUUGACAUCUACAAGAGAGACUUCUCUGGAAUGUCUCCAGCAAAUGACCUGAUAGUGUCCAAAGUUGUCCACAAGGCUUUGGUGGAUGUAAAUGAAGGAGCUGAGGCUGCUGCUGCCACUGGGGUUGACAUGGAAGUCCGCUCUAUAACGAUUCCCGCUGAGUUUGUUGCCGACCAUCCCUUCAUCUUCUUCAUCCGACAUAAACCCACCAAGAGCAUUCUCUUUGUGGGCCGGUACUGCUCACCCGAGUAAACACGAGCUGACAUUGACAUGAAUUAAACAUAAAACAUUAUAUACAGUAUAAGAUUUUGUAAGGUAAACCUAGUUCAUACAAAUGAAGUAAAGAAAAGUUAUUAAAACAAAA